AUGUUCGCAGACAUGUACUCGAUGGCAACUCCCGCCGCUGCUCCGUGCCCCACGCCCACCGGCUGGGGCUCCAACGCGUGGGACCCUGCCGUUCCGCCGACCCCCUCAGGCAUCCCCCCCACGCCGUCUGCUCCGGCUGGCGGAUUCGCGUCGCUAUGGUCGGAGGCGUGGACCGACGGCUUCAACGUGGACCUGUCGAGCCUGGCUGCAGGUGUCGCACGCAUCCCCUCCGCCUGCACUAUUCCAGUAAUUCACUCUCCGCUGGAAGGGGGUGAUGAGCCAAUCUUGACCGCCAUGGCCGCCUCUCCUGCCGCGCUGCUUCCGCUCCUCGUCCUCGCCGUCAUCUGCGCCGUCUCCACGUCUCACAAGGCAGCAGGCGAUCGUGCUGAUGCCCUGAACUCCCGCAUGAGAGUGCACGGCGCAAGCGAGUCUGAGAGACACGAGACAGCCAGGAGAGAGGCAACCGAGGCUUUGACUGCCAGAAGCCUCAAAAGCGAGAUCACUGCGGGAAGCGGGAAUGGGACCAUGCGCGUGGGGGUGGGGGUUGAAGGCGGCGCGGUGGAGGCAAGGGUCCACGUGGCAACUGUGAUCGCGGUGCCGGGCGUGAGCGUCCCCGUCAGCUUCGACGCCUUCCGCUGCUUCAGCCUUCCCCGGGCGGCGCGCAAGGCGGCGGGUGACGUGCAGGUGUGGUGGCACGGGCUCACGGGCGGCGGCACGGGCGGCGGCACGGGCGGCGGCACGGGCGGCGGUGGUUCGCGGGGGAAGGGUGGAGAAAUCACCUGCCAGCACGCCACGUGUCCAGCCAACUCCACGUGCAUGCCAACGACUGACAGCAAGGCCGUCACCUGCCCAUGCAACCCCGGCUUUGCUGCCGUCAAUGGCACCUGCGUAGACUUGUGUGAUGCGGUGAAUUGUGGGCCUGGCGGCAACUGCACAAAGGAUGCGAACGGAAAGCCAAUCUGCAAUUGCAACACGGGCUUUAAACUGUCGAAUGACAGUCUCUCUUGCAUUGACUUGUGUGAUGCGGUGAAUUGUGGGCCUGGUGGCAACUGCACAAAGGAUGCGAACGGAAAGCCAAUCUGCAAUUGCAACGCGGGCUUUAAACUGUCGAAUGACAGUCUCUCUUGCAUUGACAACUGUGCUGCGGUGAAUUGUGGCCCUGGCGGCAACUGCACGAGGGAUGCGAACGGGAAUCCAUCCUGUAGCUGCAGCACGGGCUUUAAGCCGUCGAAUGACACGCUCUCUUGUGUUGACAACUGUGCUGCAGUGAAUUGCGGGCCCAAUGGCAAAUGCGUGAAGAAGGAAAAUGGCGAUCCCACCUGCGAGUGCGACCCGGGCUACGAGAUACUUCCGGACAAAUUGUUUUGCGACAUGGGUUGCGACUUGUUGGGCUGCGGACCGGAUGGGGAUUGUGUGAUUAACGCAGAUGGACUUCGCUCUUGCAAAUGGAAGUCUCCCUGUGGCACAUGCCCCACUGGAGCCACCUGCAAGACCAUCCGUGCAAAUAAUUCUGAAGAGGCGGUCGUGCCGUACUGCGAGUGCCCUCCGGGCUAUGGGAUGACUGCAACAGAAUGCAUCCAGGGGCAAGAUCGGAGUGUGUUCGCCAGCAGUAUGACUCUCAUCCAGGACCGUAACGCUAGAGGCAAAGCGUCCAAGCCCUACACCUUCCGCUUACAAUGGGGCUGCAAUCAAUUCCCGAAGGAGGUGGCCGGCAACUUCACGACCACGUACACGCUGGAUCAUAUGGAUAAACAUGCCGGUUGUGGUUUCGCCACGCUUUUCACCGAUGAUGCGUGCAAAGAGGGCAGAUACAAAACGUGGGCAACAUCGUAUUAUUUCAAGAUUGCAAGAGCAUUUAC